AUGCCGAGCCACAAGCGCGGAGACAAGAUGCGAAACGCGGCUACGCAGGAGGCCCUGCGUAGCAACAUGCGCUACCGCCACGGUGCUGUGAUCACCAAGGGCGGCAAGAUUCUUGGCCAAGGCCACAACCAUAUUCGCACCGGCUUCAGUGGGCCCUUGUCGGCCCACGACGCUGUCGUGCUUCCUGGCCAGCGUGCAGACGCACAAGCGUGUGUGAACUGCGCUCAGGAGGACUCUACGAGCGGCCGUUCCAGCGCCGCGCACUCCUACUUUAGCAUGCACGCCGAGAUGCAUGCGAUCACAUCUCUGCUGCGUGGCGCGCGGCCGCAUGUCGCGCGCUCCAGCGUCCAGCUGCGUCCUACGAGUGACUCGGACGCGGAUCUUUCAGAUCAUCUUGCUUCGCUUGCGAUAACUUCGAGCCGUGCUGCCGGCGCGCACUCGGAUUGCUCCCGCUUGAGCGACGCACCCACUGCGGCCAGCCGUGUGAAUGCCGCGGAUGUCAAGACCAAAACGAGUGGUGUCUUAAACCGCGCUAUCAAAAACGAGGUAAAGAAGAACCAGCGCCACACGCGCGUGCCGCCUACCGGUGCGGGGCGCGCGUGUGGCCAGUGGGUUGGUAAUCAAGAGGCGCAGCGCCUCAAGCACGAGUUCCAGCAGCGCCGUGCCGAGCGGCUCGAGCGUCGCAAGCAAGAGAAGCGUGAGCGCAAGGCGCGCGGCGCGCGCGGUGCGUCGUCCAGCGGGAGCAGCUCGGGCGAGUCGGCCUCGGACGCGUAUACGACGCACUCGGGCGAGUCGUCCGGCCCCUCGACCCCCCCCCACGCGGCGCGUGAUGAGGACGUGGCACAAAAGCUCGGCGCCGCGUCCGAGACGCUCGCCUCGGCGACGAUGGCCUACCGGCGCAUCCGCACGUCGGUGCGCGCGCACGAGGCGACCGAUUCGCGCCUGCGCGGCGCCGAUCUGUACGUCGUGCGCCUGCUGCAGGACGUCGAGUCCAAGGCCAAGGCCAAGGAGCAGCGUCGGCGGCACCAGCGCGCCGCCUCGUUGCCGACCCCCCCGCCCCCCUCGGUUGCGCCGCGCUAUGCGGACAGCCGGCCCUGCUGGCGGUGUCUCGAGUGGAUGCUAUGGGCUGGUAUCAAGCGUGUCUACUGGACAAACACCGAGGGCGAGUGGCACGGCGGCAAGGUCUCGACGCUCCUCUUUGGCCCCGAGGGCCCGACUGCCUCGCACCCGGCGCUCGUGCCAGUGCACCUGACGCAGUACGAGCACGCGGCCGCGAUGCUACGUGCGCCUCGCGACGAGCGUCGGCCGUCCGAGGACGCAUCGCCUUUUGUUUCUCAACGCCCUGGCGCGGGCCCUACGCUGCCAAUCGCACGCAACCCCUCGGCACCAAUCGCGCUCGAUGACUUUAGCGCGGACGAGGAGGAGACGCACGGCGCGCCUUCGGCGCCGUUCUAUAACCUGAGCCAGCAGCGCUCCCAGUCGCGGCUCUACAGUCCGAUGCGGGCCCGCCCGGCGCCGCAGAAUGCGAGCUCGUCGCACUUUGUCGUGAUGGUACCGCCCGCAGACUUGCCGACCGAGUCGCUCCCUGCGCGCAGCGCGACCAUCGCAUCCCACGCCCGCCGCGGCAUCCUCUUGCCACUGUACCCGACGCUGGGCGGACAGCUGUACGCACUUGCUCGCGAGUACGGCCUGCCGUCGGUCGGAGGCAUCUCGCUGUACCUCUUGGAGGACGGGCACGGAGGCGGAGGACCGCGCGUCGGCGACGCGACGUGGGCCGCUCUCUGGUCCGCCUUUUUCGACGAGGCAGACGAAUUCGACGAGCCGCCCGCCUUGGCGCGCGAAAGCAGCGACGCAGAGCUGCAACGCCCAUCACCGCUGCCGUACGCACGCCGCACCGCACCACUCUCACCCCGCCGCGGACUGCCGCGCAUGCCGAGCAACGCGAGCUUCUCGUCGCAGCGCAGCACGUCUGCCGCAUCGUUCGCACUCGAAAAUGGGCGCCUGCCGAUCGUCGGCCGCUUCGAAUGGGCCGUCGACCCGCAGCGUGCGCGCUGGUGGCGCUCGUUCAUCGGCCAGGGCAGCGAGCAGGACUCGGAACGCUCCGAGCCCGCUUCGGCACCGCUGCCUGCGCGCUCCCUCUCGGGCAGCGGGCCCAAGCCGCUGCGCCUCAACAGUCAGCUCUCGCCGGGCACGGUGCGCCGCACGGCACCCCGCGAGCUGCCGCACGUUCCGGACAGCGGACCGCCAAGUGCGCCGUACACCGACGCAACCAGCGCGCCUUUCUCCGACAUCCCGAAGCCCGCGGAGCCCGCGUCUGCUGACGCCGUGCUGGGCACGCCGUUCGGCAACGACGAGCCAAGCACCUCGCGCGCAGAGCUGCCGAGCCAGCGGGCGCCGAGCAACGCGUCGGGGCAAGGCCGCGUGCCGAGCGGUGCGUCGGCGCGCAACGAGCGUGCGCCGAGCGCCUUGUCGGCACGCGACGAGCGCGGGCCGAGUGCGCUCUCUACGCGCGACGAGCGUGGACCGAGUGCGCUCUCUACGCGCGACGAGCGUGGACCGAGUGCGCUCUCUACGCGCGACGAGCGUGUGCCGAGUGCGCUCUCUACGCGUGACGAGCGCGCACCGAGCGCUUUGUCCACCCGCGACGAGACGCAGGACGAGACGCCUGCGCCCAAGGAGCACCACACGAUGAGCUCCACGGUCGCGAGCCUGUCUGCGGCCGCGCAGCGCUUCUUUGGCGGCCGCCCACAAGAGGACAAGCGCCGCUCGGACGACCUUGCGCCCGCGCGGCCCGCGUUUGCCGAGUCGGUCGAGAAGCCGCAGACGCCGACGUCGCCGACGCGCGACGUCGAGGCGGCGCGCGAGCGCGUCACCGAGAUGGAGCGCCACAGCGCCCAGGCCCGCCGCCACGCUCACCGCGCCUCGGUUGAGGUGCCCAAGUCGGUGCGCCGUGCGUCGGCGCGCAUUUCCGAGGCGGUGUCGAACCGCCCCCCGGCCACGUCGACGCCCCCGCCGGAGAGUUACGCGCAGGAGCCCGAGGCGCCGCAGGACGAGCGCACGGACACUGCGCCGGCCGCUGAUGCGGACGAGGAGCAGCUGCAUGCUUUGCGCAACACGACGGCCGCGACACGUUUCGGCCGCCUGCACAAGUCGCCUGCGCCGUCGGAGCGUGCCCAGGUUGGGCAGCAUUCGAUUGCACGCAAGAGCAUCGUGCGCCCCCCGUCGCGCCCGACCGAAGGCGACAUCUUUGGCACCGCGCCGGAAGGCGUGUCGAGUGCCGAGAACGCGCAGCGCCGCAUGGGCCACCAGAAGGGCGACUCGCUGCGCUCGCCGAUCGUCCUCGGCACACAGCUCCCCGACGCGCCCAAGAGCGAGCCGCAGCUCGACCCUGUGCAGCUGAGCCGCCAAAGCAGCGUGGAAUUCGAUAAUACGCUCGGCGACCUGCAGCGUGCGCUCGAGCUGCUCUCGCCCCGCCAGCGCAGCCGCGCGAGCUACGUGCCGCGGACCAGCGCCCUGGCGCGCGGCCCAUCGUUUGGCUCGGGGCCGGCCGACGCGCCGAACGCCAGCCCCCCCAAGUCGCGCCGCCUCUUUGCGGACGAGGGCAGCAAUGCAGAGCUCGUGCCGGGCCUUUCGCCCUCGGCGCCAGUGUCGGAAAUGCGCGAUGGAGACGCGACGCGCGAGUCGCGUCCGCUCUCGACCGGAACGCCGGCGUACGUGCGCUACGGCAUCGCAGACGCCUCGACCUCGUCGGUGAUUGACAAGCAGCCGGUCGACCCCCGCCAUGCUGCGCGCUUCAGCCAGGACCAAUGGUCGCAGGACAGCCACCAGCACUCUUUGCAGAUGCCUGCGAUGCGCGGCGCAGCCGACGCGCCGUCAGGCGCCUACACCGUUCCCGAGGUGCAGCCGCUCAAUGUUCCCCGUCGCUCGGAACUGCUCGACUCGCAGGACGACGACGCGGCCGACUCGGUCGGCGCCGCAAUGCAGCUCGACGCGCUGGACGAGUCGAUGACGCAGUCGGAGGUCACGCACGACGCGCCGCCGCCGCUGCCUCCGAAGGACACCCACGACGAGCCGCUCGAGAACGUGCUCCAGGGCAUGAACCAGAGCCGCGCCGAGAACGCGUACGCGCCGCGCGGCGAGGACGAAUGGGCCCAGUGGUCGGCCGGCGCCUCGGUCGCGCAGCCCGAACCGCCGGCGCCGGCGCCGGCGCUGCGCGUUGCCGAGGACGCCGAGCAGUACGUCCCCGAAUCGUCCGUGCGCAUGUCGAACGAUGCGCAGCAGUACGUGCGUGUCGGGGAGGAGCACUACAUCCGCCCUGGCGACGGCGGCGCACCGCCGAUCGAGGUGCUGCAGAGCGCGCCGACGCGCGAGACAACCGCCGCCGAGGCGCAAGAGGUGCUCACGGGCCCUGCGCCGAACAGCGCGCAGACCGACGCGCCGUUUGCCUUCCCGGCCCAAGGCACGCCGUCCGACGUGCAGCCGGAGCGCAGCGUGCCGGAGCGCGACGAGGCCAGCUGGGCGCCGGAGCAGGGCGCGACGCUCACGCCGCAGCCCAGCCAGGGCGCAGCCACGCUCACGCCGCAGCCUGGCCAGGGCGCCGCGAUGCUUGCGCCGCAGCCCGUGCAGGGCUCGCCGAUGCAUGCACAGGCCCAGCAGACCUCGCCGAUGCUCGCGCAGCCGCAGACCUCGCCGCUGCACGCUGGCCCCUCGGACUUUUCGCCGAACCCCAGCGAGAUCCCGAGCGGCGGCCGCUUCACGCCGCCGAGCGAGCCGCAGGUGAUGUCGGUGAUGAGCCCCAUGAGCCCGAAUGCGUCGAAGCAGUCGACGUUCUCGACGAGCUCGCGCUCGCCCCGCCGUCUCCGCCACUCUGCGUCGUCUGACCGCCUGAACACGACCAAUUCGCCGAACGGCGCUCGCGGCUUCCUUGCCAAGAUGUCGCCCAAGCUCAAGUGGGGCCGCAAGAAGAAGGGCGAGGAGCGCAAGGUGCCAAGCGUCUCGGCGCCGAUUGCCGCAAUGCCCCUGCCGACCUCGGACGAGUACUCGGACGCGGAGGCGAAUGCGCGCCUGUCCACCGCGAGCGUCUCGUCGGUGAGCAAGGGCCGCGGCAUGACGCGCUCCGGCGUGCCCUACUUUGACCCUACGACGCUCGUCCGCUCGCCGAACCUUGGCGGCGGCGGCGACACCGAGUACGGCCAGCCGAACCCCGUAUUCCGCAUGAACGGCGCAAGUGCGUCGCUGCCGACGUUGCUGCAAAACAGCCCUGGCAACGAGCCGAGCGUCGCGCAGCUGCGCUCGCCGUUCAGCGCGGGCCCCCACGACGCAGACAACUCGGGCGUCUUCCCGGGCGGUGCCGACAUCCCGAGCCCCGAGCUGCACCAGAGCGCACUCAACACGGGGCAGUGGGGCAUGCCGCCCCAGCAGCCCGAGCGCUGGGAUGCGCAGCCGAACGUCAACACCGAGGUGCCGGCGAUGCCCCCGUCGCACUCCUUCUCCUUUGACGACCCUCAGCACAGCGUGCCGCUCCCGUCGCAGUACGUCGCGCAGCAGCAGGCUGAGUCGCGCAGCGCACAGCAGCAGGCUGCCGAGCCGCGCAGCGCACAGGAGCCGUGGCAGGAACAGGGCUUUGGUCAGACGCCGCGCGAUGCCGCACCGUCGUCGCAUGGAGCGAACGCGAUCAAUGCACCGGGCAACUAUGGCUCGGGCGUCGUGCACCCGGUCAACACGGCCGGCUCAGCGCCGGCCGUGGCGCAGGGCCUGUCGACCGGUGCGACGAACACGGCCGUCGCUGGCAGCGACGCGGUCGGCCAGGCCGGCCACGCGCGUGCGCCAAACGCCAUGACCUCGGUCGAGGCCCCGGGGCAGUUCGCCCAGGACGGCGCGGGAAUGGGCAGCAGCGCCUUGCGUUCUGCCGAGAAUGCCGGCCAGAGCGCCGCAGACACGACUGGCAGCAGCGGCCACCGCAAGACCGACUCGGUGAGCAGUGUCGGCCGCGGCGCGCUCAACUCGGUCACGACCAUGGGCCCCAACGCCUCGGGCAGCGGCGCGUUCGGAGCGUCGAGCAACGCCGGAAGUGGCGCGCUGGACACUGCGAGCGACGCGGGCCGUGGCGCUUUUGACACGGCCGGCCAGGCGGGUAGCGGCGCCUUUGGUGCUGCCGGCCACGCAGGCCGUGGCGUUUCCGAUGCUGCUGGCAACGUCGGUGGCGGUGCUUUCGACGCGGCCGGCAACGCCGGUCGCGGCGCCUUUGACACCGUGGGCAACGUUGGUGGUGGCGCCUUUAACACCGCAGGCAACGUUGGUGGUGGCGCCUUUGACACUGCUGGCAAUGUCGGUGGCGGUGCGCUGAACACCGCGGGCAACGUCGGCCGCGGCACGUUUGACACGGUCGGCAACGUGGGCGGCGGUGCGCUCAGCUCUGCCGGUAAUGUUGGCGGCGACGUGUUUGGCGCCGCCGGCAACGUCGGCCGCGGCAGCUUUGAUACCGCCGGCAACAUUGGUCGCGGCAGCUUUGAUACCGUCGGCAACGUCGGACGCGGCAGCUUUGAUACCGUCGGCAACGUCGGCCAAGGUGCGAUGAGCACGGCUGGCAAUGUCGGCAGCGGCGCUUUUAACACUGCAGGCAACCUCGGUGGUGGCGCUGCAAACACCGCUGGCAACCUCGGCCAAGGCGCCUUUGGCGCAGUGGGCGACACUGGCCGUGGCGCCUUCGGCACCGCUGGCAACCUGGGCGGCGGCGCCGUGAACACUGCUGGCAACGUCGGCAGCGGCGCUUUCAACACUGCUGGUAACCUCGGCCAAGGCGCCUUUUCCACUGCCGGGAACCUUGGCGGUGGUGCGAUGAACACCGCCGGCAAUGUCGGCAGCGGUGCCUUUAACACUGCCGGCAACCUCGGUGGUGGCGCUGCAAACACCACUGGCAACCUCGGCCAAGGCGCCUUUGGCGCUGUGGGUGACACUGGCCGUGGCGCCUUUGGCACUGCCGGCAACCUGGGUGGCGGCGCUUUCAACGCCGCCGGCAACGCUGGCAGUGGUGCCUUUAAUGCUGCUGGCAACGCGGGCAGCGGCGCGAUGGGCACCGCGGGCCACUUGGGUGGCGGUGCGAUGGAUGCGGUCGGCCACGCUGGACGUGGCGGUAUGCACGGCAUCGGCCAGCUCGGCCAAGGCGCAACGAAUGCUACGGGCCACGCGGGCCAUGGCAUUUUCAAUGGCGCACAGAACACCAUGCACUCUAUGGAGGAUGGCGCGUCGAGCUUUGCGAAAAAGAUCCCUGGCAUGGACAAGCUGCCUGGUUCCGGCGGCAAGGAGUCCGGCGGCAAGGGUUUGUUUAACUCGCUGACCGCGGGCUCCUUCCGCAAGGGAUAG